UCUCUCUCUCUCUAGGGGCUAAAGUAGGGGCUAGAAACUGAGUUGCUUGCCCUUUUUUCCGGGAAAAAUAUCUGCCUGCAGACCCCCCGUCAUAUAUGUUUUCAUCAUCACCCUUUCAUGGUUAAUUCUAGGAUUGAUCAAACAUCCAUCCAUGUUUAGAUUCAAAGAACAUUAAAAAGAAAAGAUCCUAAUUGGCUGGCUAUACCUAGCCCUAUUGUUCUUUUUCCUCUUACUUUCUAUAUAUACACACACUUCAUCCUCUCCAUUAGCUUUUCCUCCCACUCCCCUCUCUCCUGUACGCAUACUGCAACAUUUACAGUGCUUCAGAUGUUCAUCGGAUCGGUUGUUUAAUAAGAAUCUAUUGUCAAGCAAUAAUUUUGAUGGACUCUGUUGAUCAAAACUUCGAAAAUAGUUCGAAUAUUCCAAACCCUAUGAACUCUCCUCCACUAACCAUCCCCACCGCCACUACUACUGUAGUCGGCGGCUCAUCCUCCGCCUCCACAUCACCUACAACACUCAGCCGCUACGAGAACCAGAAGAGGCGGGACUGGAACACGUUCGGGCAGUACCUCCGCAAUCACCGGCCCCCGCUCUCUCUCUCGCGCUGCAGCGGCGCACACGUGCUGGAGUUUCUACGCUACUUGGAUCAAUUCGGGAAGACUAAGGUGCACACGCAACUUUGCCCCUUCUUCGGUCACCCGAACCCGCCCGCCCCUUGCCCGUGCCCGCUCCGGCAAGCGUGGGGCAGUCUGGAUGCGCUGAUAGGGCGACUCCGUGCCGCGUUUGAGGAACACGGAGGUAGGCCUGAGGCGAACCCGUUCGGUGCCAGGGCAGUUAGGCUUUAUCUCCGCGAAGUCCGGGAUUCUCAGGCCAAAGCCAGAGGAAUUAGUUACGAGAAGAAGAAGCGAAAGCGGCCUCCACAACAGAAUCAGAACUCACAACCUGCUGCUGCCGCUUCUAAUAAUGCUAGUGCAAGCCAGUAAGCGCUACUUCAUCACCAAAAUUUGCACCCAAUAUAUAUAUCUAUAUAUAUAGAUAUAGAUAUAAAAGACAUGUUUUAUUUAUCUUUAUUGAUUAAUCAUGCGAAUUAGGGUUUAUUAUUGCAUUUUCUCUGCUUGCUUAAUUAUAUGGAGGUUGUGAACAGCUUGACUGGAAUAUUGUCGUGGGUAAUUAAUGAAUUAUUAUUGGAAGCAUUAUUAUGUGUUUUUGCUCAAUUAUUAUCAGUACUAGUAGAGUUGAAGAUGAGCACUGUAACUGUGAAAGAUUUUGGAGAUCAUGUUAUGUGUCUUGUUUUGGGUUUCUUGUCUUUGUAUAUGGAAUUGGCAAAUCAAUCAGGCAUUAAAAUAAAGGGAGGGUGGGUACUGGAGUCUGGAGGAGGUGUAGCUUUUCAUAGAUUAUGUCAGUUUUGUCGAGCACUAUAUUACUAUACAUGGUAUAUUUGUGUGUGUAUUUAUAUUUGGUAACUUUGAUGGUUUAAUUUUACUCUUUUCACUCU